AAUGAAAAUGAAAGUGUAACUGAUUCUCAGAUCUCCUUCUAUGACCAACACAAACACCAAAACCGUCGCCACGUGGCGCAACAUCCCCAACCUCCUCAACUCCUCUUCCCACGGCGUCGUUUCACGCAACCACCUCUUCAACGACGCCGUCUUCAGCUUCACCGGCGGAAAUGCCGUUCGUCUUAAAUUCGCCACCGUCUCCGCCUCACAAACCAAGCCUGACAAGGAAUUCACUCCCACGGUGGCUCAGCUUCUAAACCACCCGCUCGCCGUUGUCGCUCUUGUUCCUAAAGAUGCUGCUCUGUUUCUCGCCGGAGCUGUUGCUGGUGCUGCCGCUAGGACCGUCACUGCUCCACUUGAUCGCAUCAAGCUUCUCAUGCAGACUCAUGGAGUGCGAAUAGGUCAAGAAAGUGCGAAGAAGACAAUUGGUUUUAUUGAGGCAAUAACAAUGAUAGGGAAUGAAGAAGGCAUUAGAGGUUACUGGAAGGGUAACCUACCCCAGGUUAUUAGGGUUAUACCUUAUAGUGCAGUCCAGCUCUUUGCUUAUGAAAUUUAUAAGAAGAUAUUCCAGGGAAAAAAUGGUGAGCUCUCUGUUGUGGGAAGACUUGCAGCAGGUGCUUUUGCGGGCAUGACAUCAACUUUUAUAACUUACCCAUUAGAUGUCCUGAGAUUACGAUUAGCUGUUGAACCUGGGUGUCGAACAAUGACAGAGGUUGCCUUGAGCAUGGUAAGAGAGGAAGGUUUUGCAUCUUUCUACUAUGGCCUUGGGCCUUCUCUUAUUGGAAUAGCUCCAUAUAUUGCAGUUAACUUUUGUGUUUUUGACUUACUAAAGAAGUCGUUGCCGGAGAAAUAUCAAAAGAGAACUGAAGCAUCUCUAAUCACCGCCGUGCUUUCAGCGUCUCUUGCCACUCUUACAUGCUAUCCUCUGGACACAGUUCGAAGACAGAUGCAACUGAAGGGUACACCUUAUAAGACAGUAUUAGAUGCCAUUUCUGGUAUUGUGGCACGGGAUGGACUUAUUGGCUUGUAUCGCGGAUUUGUACCUAAUGCCUUAAAAAACCUACCAAACAGCAGCAUCAGGCUUACCACAUAUGACAUUGUCAAACGCCUGAUUGCGGCUAGUGAGAAAGAGUUUCAAACAAUUGCUGAGGAAAACCGCAACAAAAUAAAGAAACAUCCGUAGUCAAAUUCAAUGAAGGCAAACUUAGGUUUCAUAUUGAUUUAGCAAUAUUUUCAUGGUGAAAUUUUUUUGCAGAGUAAAUGCUGCAAUAAAAUCAUCCAUUAUUUGUGGGAAUUGCUUUAGCUAUACUGUUAGCAGGGAUAUAUCUUAUAGAAAGGGGUGUAAAUUUUGUAGGACACAAGUUUGUUCUAGGUGUUCUAUAUUGCUCUAUUCUUUUCCUUAUUGUAAUUUAGCUGUAAUAUAUUUAUUAGAUAAAUUUAAUGGAAGUUUUGCUAAAUUUAAUGUACUGUCUUCUCACUACAUAUAUGU